AGAGAAGAGAAGAAUAGCCCCUCAAACUCUGUUCCAGUUUGAGAGAAGAAAACACAGAAGAGGGAGAGAGAAACUGAUGCAGAAUACGCAUACACCACUUCUGCCAGAGAGAUAGAGUGUGUGUAAGGUGUAAGAAUUUGCAAAAGAAGAAAGUUUGCAAAUUUAACAACACAGAAGAAGAUCUGUGAUUUCUCUUCUGUUUUUGGUCGCUGGUGUUGCUUAUUUGCAGGGGAAGAACAAAAAACGCAUACCCUUUUUCUCUUAGCCUGAACUUGUAUCAUUGAUACUUAUUACAAGGAAUUGUCUCCUUUGGAGGAUAGAUCUUGAGUUUGGAGGCAAACCGUCACACUUUGGUAUUCCAAUUCUUUUCAACUCUUAUCUGAAUCAUGUUUGCACAGUUCACCACACUCCACACCCAUAAACCCGAAUUGGCCUUUGUUCCUUCAUUUUUAGCCCCUCCAACUCAGUGCUGGGAAUUACCGUAUCUGUGGUUCUGAGUUGGUUGUGGAAUGAAAAAUUGAAACUUGGUUGAUUUUUGGUCUGUAGAAAUGGAGACAGAGGAGAGGAACCAGAGAGGAUGCAAGGCUUCGGAGCCAGAGUUUUUCUUGCAGUGGGGUAACAGAAAGAGGCUUCGAUGUGUGAGGGUGAAAGACCCUCGGAUUUCAACGAGACUUAACGGUGGAAUCCGAAGGAAGCUUGCUUCUGCAGUGGAUCAUCGUUCUGGUCUCGCUGUGUCAGAGAAAGAAACCACUCAUCUUCAGCAACCACCACCCAAUCGCCUCACAAGGAAUUCCGACGGGGCGAUACUCCGGUCGUCGGCCGGCGAGAAUAGGAAAUCGUCGUCGCCGGAGAAGGAAGACCGGUACUACACAACAAGGGGGUCGGCGGAGGAAAACGGUAAAAUCUCCGGCGAUGGGAACAACGGAGAAGAAAGAGCCCUUGUUUGGCCCAAGCUUUACAUCACUCUCUCUAGCAAGGAGAAAGAAGAAGACUUUCUUGCUAUGAAGGGUUGCAAGCUUCCUCAGCGACCCAAAAAAAGGGCAAAGAUAAUCCAAAGAAGCUUACUUUUGGUGAGUCCUGGAGCGUGGUUGACUGAUAUGUGCCAAGAGAGAUAUGAAGUUAGGGAGAAGAAAAGUAACAAGAAGAGACCAAGGGGGUUGAAGGCUAUGGGAAGCAUGGAAAGUGACUCUGAAUGAUUAUGGUGCCAUAACAUUUGAGCGGAUCCACAACAACACAAGAGGGAGAAGCCCUGCCCUUUUCUGCUGAAACCUGAAAUAUUUUGGAGAUGAUGAUGUUUGAAUUGAUGAUUCAAGUUUUUUUUAUUUGUGUUCACAAGUCAAUUGGGAUGACAUGUAUGCGCCCCCUCAUGUUUUUGUAAACGAGUAAGAUCCGGUCCAAUCCAUUUCAAUUAAUUAAGAAAAUUAUUUUCUCAGCUUGUAUCUUUCUCCAUCUCUCUCUCUCUCUCUCUCUCCAAUUAAGUUCCGCACCCUCUUCAUGGAUUUUUUUUCUUUCAUUUUUUUCCCCGGGUUUCAAGAGAAGCCUGGAGGGGGAAAUGGGCAGCGUGAGAUUGGAUGAUGUUUCUGGCAAAACCCAGUUAUGCAUGUUAUGCCCCACCUUCGGAGAUGAUGUUAUUAAAACACACAGUUUUUGACCACCAGACGAAGCUUGAAAACAAUUAAAGAUAGGGCAGGGGUUAACCAAUAAGGAAAAAAGAGAUUUCAAGGAUUGUAAGCCUCAUGCAUAUCCAUCAUUCUGCAGGGUAGCAUAAGUCCAAAUAAAGCAUCACCUACAUGUACUACCACGGUAUCUCACUGAUUUUUUUGUUGUGUCUAUCUAAACGCUUGUCUAGAGGAGAUUUUGAUAAAAAAGAAAUGAGGCGCGUGCAUAUUUAUUCAUGUUGUAUACCAUUUUGGUACCCAUAUCACUUUUUACCAUGUGCUAUUUUAAGCUCAAGGCUGAAAAUUAAAAGAAGUAUAGAAUUUGUUUUUAAAAUGGUGUAUAGAUUAUGCUGAUGUGUUCAGAUGUUAAUUUACACAAAAUAAUAAUAAAGGGUGGGAUUUACCAUGAUUAUAUUAUGCGCCCGCCUCUAGAAAGUUAUGUCCAAGUUCAUACUAAGGAGAGCCUAGACAGUUAAGCGUGUAUGCCACAAUUCUCAAAGGUGCAAUCCCAUACCACCGAAAUUUCUAUGAUCCCACAACCUUGUUCACAUCUGCGAGUGUUUCAGUAAAGGUAGUUGAAACACGUGAAAGGUUAUAGUGCAAGCUUUUAUUUAUGUGAAAAUAAGGUUGAGUUGUAUUCAAUCAUUCUAAUAAAGGAUUCAGGCAUCACCAGUGCCAAAAAUUUGAGAAAAGGAAAGAACGAAGGGCACCCAAUAUUUCCCUUUGGUUUUGGUUGGCUUUUGUUUUCAGCAACGCAUACACAACGGGACAAGAGAUCUGCCACCCCAAGUUCUUUGCUGGAUAUAAAAUUUGGAUAAAAUAUAUUUUAUAUGUUGUCACUUAACACAAAUUGACCUUUGGACAUUGAAAAAAAAUACAGAUUGGUUGUGUGAUGUGAAAUAAAUCACUGAUCAUAAAAUAAUCACAAGAAUAAACCGUUUCAU